GGUAACAGAAAGGCGCUGUGUUUUGGGAAGCAGAAGUUGAACCUGCACCAGGUGGGUCAGGAGUUUGAACCCAAGGCUUUGAGACCCACCUCAGGAUCAGCUGACCUCUGUCUCAUCACCCUCACCCCCCUGGCUUCUGUAGCUACACACCUACAGGCGUGUGGUGUGGAGAUAGAGGAGGGUCCAGUGGAGAGGAGUGGUGCUGUUGGACCCAUCACAUCUCUCUACUUCAGAGACCCAGACCACAACCUGAUAGAGGUCUCUAACUACAACCAACCAACAAAGGACUGAGGCCUUAUGUCAACCUCUAACUACAUGUACAACCAACAUCCUUUAGCUAAACAGCUACCUUCAACAGACCAACAGCCUUUAGCUCAACAUCGACCUUCAACAGACCAACAGCCUUUAGCUAAACAGCUACCUUCAACAGACCAACAGCCUUUAGCUCAACAUCGACCUUCAACAGACCAACAGCCUUUAGCUCAACAUCGACCUUCAACAGACCAACAGCCUUUAGCUCAACAUCUACCUUCAACAGCCUUUAGCUCAACAUCGACCUUCAACAGACCAACAGCCUUUAGCUCAACAUCUACCUUCAACAGCCUUUAGCUCAACAUCUACCUUCAACAGCCUUUAGCUCAACAUCUACCUUCAACAGCAUUACAACAACCAUUUAACUGCAACAGAAGAACAAAGGGCAUUCUUAUAUUCUGUGUUUUUUGCUCAGCCAACUUAUUUGUCUUUUGGCAGGCAGAUAACAGUAGUUAGACUGAAGAGUUAGUGCUCAGGUAACCUUUAUGAGGACAACAACGUAGUUCCUACGUGUCAUGUUUUGGCCUAGCCAGAUGUGUAUGUUAGCCAAUUCCUUUGUUGUUUGGGGUGAUGACUUGCCUUGUUAAAUAAAAAAAUGAAAGAGGCAAAA